AUGCUUCAUGAAAGUGGCACAGGCGGCGCCCCGACUUACGGGUUGAUUCCUCAAAUGCCGCUUACCACUUUGGAAGGCGUUAAUCUUCUGGAUAACAUAACGUACAUGCAACCUCGCACGAGCCCAGAUGAGGCUUCUGUGGGAUACUACAAGACCCAAUUGCAGAACGGCGUGAAAGUAGAGAUGAGCGCGAGCACGCACGCUGGAAUUAUGAGAUAUUCGUUCCCACAAAGUGCUGACGGAAGGCACAUUUUGAUAGAUCUCAGUCAUUUCAUCCCGAGCGCAGGCAAGAAAGAGCAGUGGUAUAGUAAUGGUGAGCUUGAGAUCAGCGAAGACGGAACCUCAUACUCCGGAUAUGGUGUUUAUCGGGAAGGUUGGGGCUGGGGUGGCGAUUACCGUGUAUACUUCUGUGGGAAAUUUGACGCCAGGCCUUCGGCAGCCCGACUAUUCUCAGGCAAGGCAACGGACCCGUACUGGCCCAAUACCACAGAUGUCAGACCUACCUUCACUAAUGCGACGAGCAUACGCGGAGGCACUGUCGGCUACCAGUACGCAGAUCGGAUCGGCGCACUGUUUUCGUUCCCACCAAAUAGCUCGGUUUUGGCUUCGAAAGUUGGUAUAUCGUGGGUGUCCGAGGAUAAAGCCUGUCAAUUCCUUCGAGAAGAGAUACCUCACUGGAACCUCGAGAAAGUCCAGCAAGCUGCCAAAGAUCGAUGGAAUUCCGAAGUCCUCUCCAAGAUCGAUGUGCAGACGAACAACAGGACUCAAUUGGAAAUGUUCUAUACGGCAAUGUACCACUCGCACCUGAUGCCCUCCGAUCGAACAGGAGAGAAUCCGUACUGGGAAUCCGAAGAGCCAUACUACGAUGACUUCUACACGCUCUGGGAUACCUUUAGAACGCUGCAUCCACUCUUGACCUUGAUAGAGCCCGAACGCCAGGUCGACAUUGUCAGAGCCAUGAUCGACAUCUGGCGACACGAACGCUUCAUGCCUGAAGGCCGAAGCCACAACCAUAACGGACGGGUCCAAGGCGGUUCAAACUCCGAUAAUGUCCUUGCAGAUGCCUACGUGAAAGGACUCAAGGACCCUAGUGGGAGCACCAAGGAGGGACGCGGUGGACUCCAGGACUGGAAGAAAUACGGAUACGUUACUCCGGAUCGUGGGCGAUGCCUGAGCAAGACUGUUGACUACGCUCUGAACGACUUUUCGCUGUCUCAGGUAGCGAGAGGUCAGGCGCCGGAAGAUGUUGCGGUGUAUCUCAAUCGGUCUGCUGGUUGGCAGAAGACGUGGAGCCAUAACACUAUGUCGUUGAAUUUUACAGGCUUUCUCGCGCCUACGUACGGCAAUGGUAGCAUCAAAGAAUACGAUCCACUAUCGUGUGGCGCGUGCGACUGGCAGUCUAUCAGCUAUGAGGGCGUUCCGUGGGAGUACAGUUGGUCGCUACCCCACGAUAUGGAGACUGUGAUCACGCUGAUGGGUGGUCUGGAUAUGGCCGAGAAGAGGCUAGACACCAUGUUCAUCCCCGGUCUGACUCAAUCGACCCAAGGCGGUAACAGCGCAGGCACCACGAUUUUCAAUCCCGGUAAUGAACCAUCAUUCAUGACACCUUUCCUGUACAACUACUGGCCUCGACGGCAACACAAGUCAGCCAAACUAUCCCGCGACCUCGUCGACCAAUACUACAACAACGGCCGCUCUGGCAUUCCUGGGAACGACGACGCAGGUGCGAUGAGUAGCUGGUUAGUGUGGAACAUGAUCGGACUAUACCCUGUCGCUACUCAACCAAUGUAUCUCAUUCUCGCCCCGCGAUUUGGCAGUAUUACAAUGACACUCGGUGAUAGCGGUGCGGUUCUGAGGAUCAAGGCGAAUGGAUUGGAGAACGGGCCGUAUGUUCAAAGACUGAAAGUUAACGGAAAGCUUUGGGAUAAGAGCUGGGUCAGCCACGAGGAUAUCGCAAGAAAUGAUGGUCGGGAUAGUAUGUUGGAGUUUGAGAUGGGCGGGAAGCCUGUGCCGUGGGAUUCUGGCGAAGUGCCACCUAGUCCAGGGCAUGUGACGAUAUGA